CGCCGGCCGCGCGGUCACGUGUUGGGCGCGAGCAGCCGGUCGAGCCGGGCGAUUCCAGUCGCCGCGGCCCCCGCCGCCCCGGGCCGUGGGAGCCCCGGGCGGUGCCUGUCGGGAGGAGUCCGGGGUUUGGUUUGCAUCCACCGCGAGGUAGGUGUCUAAGCAGCCGGGAUGCCAGGGCCAAGACCCCGGAAAGGCCCUCAGGCCAGCGGUCAGGGUGUGGCGGCCGCCAAGCAGCUGGGGCUCUUUGUGGAGUUCAGCCCAGAGGACAUGCUGCUGGGGACAGACGAGGCUGAAGAGGAUGCGGACCUGGAGGCUGAGCUGCUCGCCCUCACUGGGGAAGCAGAGACCACAGACAGGAAGCCAGGACCCAAGGGGCGGGCCCCCCUGCCCAUGGCCCACAUCGAGAAGUUGGCAGCGGACUGUAUGCAGGAUGUGGCGGAGGAGGAGGAGGAGGAGGAGGAGGAGGAGGAAGGGCUGGAGGAGGAUGCAGACCUGCUGACUGAGCUGCAGGAGGUGCUGGGUGCAGAUGAAGAGGUUGGGCCCGGGGAAGGUGAUGAGGCCGCCAGCCCAGGCCUCUCUGAGGAGAAGGGACAAGGAAGCGUUGAACCUGCUGUGCAGGCAGCCCUCCUAACAGCCGCAGUCGCAGAGGCUCAGGCUGGGGAGCCUCAGGGGCUACAGGCUCUGCUAGAAGAACGGAUCCACAACUACCGGGAGGCUGCGGCCAGUGCCAAGGAAGCAGGGGAAGCGGCCAAAGCCAGGCGCUGUGAGCGAGGGCUGAAGACUCUGGAGUCCCAGCUCGCUGCUGUGAGGAGAGGCAGGAAGAUCAACGAGGACGAGAUCCCACCGCCAGUGGCCAUAGGCAAGAGGCCUCUGGCCCCCCAGGAAACAGCCCACAGGAGCUCUGAGACAGACCCUCCCUGCCCCCCCGCCAUGGAGCCAGACGACGCCUCCCAACCCGAGACAAGCCUCCUGGGCAGCCCUGGCCCUUCUGCCCCGCCGAAUUCAGACGCUGACCCCCGGAAUCUGCUGUUGACCCGACAGAGAGAGUACAAAGUGGCUGCCCUCAGUGCCAAGCGGGCUGGAGAUCUAGAACGUGCCCGGGAGCUCAUGAGGAUUGGGAAGAGGUUUGGUGCUGUCCUGGAGGCCCUGGAGAAGGGGCAGCCUGUGGACCUGAGUGCCAUGCCCCCAGCACCUGAGGCUUUGCAUCCCCCAGAUCUGAAGGUCCCCAGGGCACCCCCUGUCGUAUCUCCAGCAGUGGAGCGAGUGCAGCCAGUGACAGCUCCUGACAUCCCAGCAACCCCAGUGGCCCCUGCAGAGCCACAGACGGUGCUGGAUGCCCUGCAGCAGAGACUGAACAAGUACCGGGAGGCCGGCAUCCAAGCUCGGAGCAGUGGGGAUGAACGGAAGGCCCGGAUGCAUGAGCGCAUUGCCAAGCAAUACCAAGAUGCUAUUCGAGCACACCGAGCAGGGCGGAAGGUUGAUUUCGCAGAGUUGCCGGUUCCUCCAGGGUUUCCCCCCAUCCCUGGUCUGCAGCCCAUGGUGGGCAUGGAGGAGGAUACAGUAGCAGCAACCUUGGCAGCUGCCCAGAAACUGGCCACCUCAGAUGACACGGCCCUGGCAGAGGAAGAAGAGGAUGAGGAUGAGAGUGAGACCCCAGCACAGACGCCAGUGGCCAAGAAGCCAGCACAGCCUCUUGUCCCUUCAUCUCGGCCCCUGGCUAAGGAGUCACUGAGUCCUUCUGUGCGGGAGCAGCUGGUGCUACUGGAGGCACGAAAACUGCAGUACCAACGGGCAGCCCUGCAGGCCAAACGUAGGCAGGACCUGGAGCAGGCCAAAGCCCACCUGCGGGUGGCCAAAUGUCUGGAGGCUCAGAUCACCCAGGCCCGAGCUGGCCGACCUGUUGAUCUCUCCAAGGUGCCUUCGCCCUUGACGGAUGAGGAGGGCGACUUCAUCCUCAUCCACCAUGAGGACCUGCGACUCUCCCAGAAGGCUGAGGAAGUAUAUGCGCAACUACAGAAAAUGCUUCUGGAGCAACAUGAGAAGUGCCUGCUGUUUUCCAAGCAGUUCAUGCACCAGGGCAACGUGGCUGAGACCACCCGGUUUGAGAAGCUUGCUCAGGACCGUAAGAGACAGCUGGAGAUCCUACAGCUGGCCCAGGCCCAGGGCCUCGACCCUCCUAGCCACCACUUUGAGCUGAAGACAUUCCAGACCGUGAGGAUCUUCUCAGAACUCAACAGCACAGAGAUGCAUCUGAUCAUUGUUCGAGGAAUGAACCUCCCAGCACCGCCAGGGGUGACCCCUGAUGACUUGGAUGCUUUUGUGCGCUUUGAGUUUCACUACCCUAACUCGGACCAGGCUCAAAAAAGCAAAACAGCUGUGGUGAAGAACACGAAUUCUCCAGAGUUUGAUCAGCUCUUCAAACUAAACAUCAACCGAAACCACCGGGGCUUCAGGAGGGUGAUCCAAAGCAAAGGAAUCAAGUUUGAGAUUUUCCACAAAGGCUCUUUCUUCAGAAGUGACAAGCUGGUUGGCACGGCACAUCUGAAACUGGAGCGGCUGGAGAAUGAGUGUGAGAUCAGAGAGAUUGUGGAGGUCCUGGAUGGAAGGAAGCCUACUGGGGGGAAGCUGGAGGUGAAGGUGAGGCUGCGGGAGCCUCUGAGUGGCCAGGAUGUGCAGAUGGUCACCGAGAACUGGCUGGUCCUGGAGCCUCGGGGCCUGUGAGCCGGACUCCCCAUGCUCUGUGCCGCUUUGCAGCAGACGGCCAGCACCAGGAGAUGAUCAGGCCAGCGACGGUGUGCAGGAGCUUCCUCUUCCCAGUGCUGCUGGCUGCAGAAGCCUUUGUACAUAAGAGAGAUGCUGCUACCUAAGCACCAAAGACCUUUAAAGUAUGUGCACUACUGACCACAGCCCUGGUCUUUCCUGUCACUGGCCCACAGAAGCAAGCUGGAUUCGAGGAGCUCCUCUCUCAUGCGUCUUACUCCCCCAGUCUGGGCAAAGGCAAGGAUAUCCUCAGUGCUCUGUGCCAUGGAGACCUGCAGCCCACUAACCCCUACCUAGCAACUGUGUGCAGCUCACCCUAGCCCCAGUUGCACCACUUCUGGAUGUGCCUUUAACUGAACUGUAAGGGAUGGGAGAACUCGAGGGUGAUCGGGAACCUCCCCUGCUUAGGGUGGGAACAGGGUUCUGUGACUCUGGUCAGUGGCAGCCUGUCCUCUCAACUCAGUUCCCCCCAGCUCUGCCCGUGCCUUUGUUCCUAACAGCUGCUAGUAUUAGCCUUCCUGCGUCCCCACGGACUUAGAAACGUUUUGGUACUACUUGGUGGGAAGUUAAGGGAAGGCUGUAUCUUGGGUUUGUUCCAUGCACCCAAGAUAAGAGACUGUUAAAGGGGAAGAAGAAGAAGAAAAAAAAAAUAUAUAUAUAUCUGUAAAA